CGUCAGCGCGGGGCGUUAUGCUCGGUGAGUGGGAGGCGGCGAGGGUGGCUGAGGAGCAGCGUCUAGCAGUCGUCUGCUCCUCGUGCGUCCUCCCUGUUCGACUCCCGCCGCCACCUCACAUAUCAACCCUACCAAUUCGUCCCAUAUAACACCCCAAAAAUGUACCGAGUAGCUUCUCUGUUGAGACUGCCGGCAGCUCGUCAGGCUUCGCUCAGUGUUCAAGCGAAACUUUACUCCAAAGAUGUCAGGUUUGGGUCCGAAGUACGAGCCCUCAUGCUACAGGGUGUUGAUGUGCUGACUGAUGCUGUAGCAGUUACUAUGGGCCCUAAGGGUCGUAAUGUUAUUAUUGAGCAGAGCUGGGGCAGCCCCAAGAUUACUAAAGAUGGAGUAACUGUUGCAAAGGCAGUAGAGUUAAAAGACAAGUUCCAGAAUAUUGGAGCAAAGCUUGUACAAGAUGUUGCAAACAACACAAAUGAAGAAGCUGGAGAUGGCACAACUACCGCUACAGUCCUGGCUCGCACAAUUGCCAAGGAAGGCUUCGAUAGAAUUAGCAAAGGUGCCAAUCCUAUUGAGAUUAGGCGAGGUGUAAUGGUGGCAGUUGAUGCUGUAGUUGAGCAUUUGAGAAGCCUCUCCCGCCAAGUCACCACUCCAGGAGAGGUUGCACAAGUUGCCACAAUAUCUGCUAAUGGGGACCAAGAUGUUGGUGCACUAAUUUCAUCUGCCAUGGAGAAGGUUGGUCGCAGUGGUGUAAUAACUGUGAAGGAUGGCAAGACACUAAAGGAUGAGCUGGAGGUGAUUGAAGGAAUGAAGUUUGACCGAGGUUACAUUUCUCCAUAUUUUAUCAAUACAAGCAAAGGUGCCAAGGUCGAAUUUCAAGAUGCACUACUACUACUGUCGGAGAAAAAAAUUUCAUCGAUCCAGUCUAUCAUCCCAGUACUGGAGCUUGCCAAUGCACAGAGGAAGCCACUUGUAAUCAUUGCUGAAGAUGUUGAUGGAGAAGCAUUGAGCACACUUGUAGUGAAUCGUUUGAAGAUUGGCUUGCAGAUUGCAGCAGUCAAGGCUCCUGGUUUUGGAGACAAUCGAAAGAAUACUCUACAAGAUAUUGCUAUUGCCACUGGUGGUAUAGUUUUCAAUGAUGAAGCCAGUAUGGUGAAGAUUGAGGACGUUCAACUGCAUGAUCUUGGGGUCGUUGGAGAAGUACAGAUUACAAAGGAUGACACACUUCUUCUGAAAGGGAAAGGCAAGACAUUGGACAUUGAGAGACGUAUUGCUCAACUCACUGAGCAGAUAGAAGAGAGCAGUUCUGAGUAUGAGAAGGAAAAAAUGCAAGAAAGAAUGGCGAGACUAUCUAAAGGUGUUGCCGUAAUUAAGGUCGGAGGAUCAUCAGAGAUAGAAGUAAAUGAAAAGAAGGACCGUGUUAAUGAUGCCCUUUGUUCAACUAGAGCUGCUAUUGAAGAGGGUAUUGUUCCUGGUGGUGGUGUUGCUCUAAUUCGUUGCAUACCAGCACUAGACAAACUUACCCCUGCCAAUAAUGACCAGCGAAUGGGCAUAGAAAUUAUCCGUAAGGCUAUUCAGACACCUUGCCUUACCAUUGCUAAGAAUGCUGGUGUGGAUGCUUCGGUAAUUGUCAACAAAGUAAUUGAAGCUUCUGGUGACACUGGUUAUGAUGCUGCAAAUGGGGUUUUCGUGAAUCUCAUUGAAGCAGGAAUUAUUGAUCCAACAAAGGUUGUGCGAACAGCUCUUACAGAUGCUGCUGGUGUUGCUUCACUUCUGACCACAGCAGAGGCAGUCAUCACAGAGAUCCCUAAGGAGGAGCCAGCUGGUGGUAUGGGAGGAGGAAUGGGUGGCAUGGGAGGAAUGGGUGGUAUGGGGGGAAUGGGUGGCAUGAUGUAAGACAAUUUAUUUAAUAAGAUUGUACUGAAAGCACUUCCCCGUGUUAAUGUCAGUUCCUUUGUUUUUGAACAUGACCAAUUUUGGUAUAACUGAGUUUUUUGUUUGUUACAGUAUGCAGAAAAAGCACAGGGUCAAAGGUAAUUUGAAUGAACUAAACUCAUUUUGCACAAGUUCGGAGAACACUUAUCAUUCCAAACUGGGCUGCUGCAUCAGAUUGUACUCCAUUUUCAUCUUCAUAUCAUCAUCAUACCUUAAGUGAAUACAUGUUGCAUGUUAUAUUAACUUGAUAAUUGUAAGUGCUGAAUGUUUGUACAAAGUGUAGAUAAGCUUGUGUAGAUAAUUAAGGGGUAAUAACUCUUCCCUAUAUUAAAUUAAGAUGUUUUGA